CCAGGGUGUAUGUUGCUGCCACUGAGGAAACAAACGACACGCCCGUCCGUCAUCCCAACUUGUUCCGCAGUAUUUCAGAUCUCCGACAAGGAACCACAGUGGGACGAAUAUGGGGCACACUUCGGAGGCGUAUAAGCCGAUCUUCGAUGAAGUCCAGUAUCCACGAGGAGGGUACACGGAAGUUUGGUUUUGAGAGUGUAUCCGGGGAAAUCGAUCGUGCCCUACUAUCCAGCUCUACAAGAUCUUCAAUGAUUCUUCAGGAACUGCACACUGUUAAUGAAAGCAUGGAAGUAGCCAUUCACGACCGACAUGGCUGUUCGACUACCGUCAGAAUCGAUCCAUUUACCAGCGCGGGCGACGCGUGCCGAAUGAUCGACCCGGAAAUCGAUCUUCGUUUUGUACAAAUUUAUGAAGAAAUUCCGGAUUUGCCUGGAUUUGCUCACGCCAUUGAAGAUCACGAGCCACUGAUGAACGUGGUGAGGAGAUGGUAUUGCACCGGGGCCUCCCACAAACUGACCAUCGGACUGCCCGCUCGACUGUGUUUACUCGAUAACCCUUCCAAAUACUCUCCACUCACAGAAGAUCAGGUGACUUCCGAUCGAUCGCUUAGUUACACCAGUCUGGGGUCCAUCGGUGAGCAUGAUAUGAUGGGCUUGGUUACCACCAGUCGUGAACAACUCAGAAACGCCUCCAAUAUGCGUCGGGAUGUAGCCUCUUACGUGACUUCUGGCAUACUCUGGUUCCGCACACCGAAAAAACCUUGGCAAAAGAUGUUUUGUUUCCUUCAUGGAUCCUCCGUCUUCUACAGCUUGAAGAAGCGAGCUGUUACUUCUCGUUAUAUGCGAAUCCUCGUCGACCUUUCUACCGUCGACGUGUUUCAUCCGACGACGGUUAAUCAGAAAGGUCUUUUCAAAGCACCGACGUCUGAGUUGAUCGUGUGCCGGGAUGUGGAACGCAAUCCAGCCAAACGUGGGGCCACUUCCUAG